ACCAGGAGCACUCAACAAUCAUGACUGAGAGAUUUCCGAAGAUGAGGAUAAUUUUCUGCUUCAUUUUCACUCUGUUUUACGGUGCAUUCUCAAAAACCAUCAAUGUUGCAACUAAUAGAAGAGUCACAUUACAGCCCCUGGUUGAAGGAGAGAUAGAAAACAUUCUGUGGAGGCACAAUGGCAACAAGAUGGUGGAGUGGGACAAUAAGGCUGGGAACGUCAGUGAAUAUUUAAAAUUCAAGGGGCGGAUUAAGUUGGACGUAAAAGCUGGGGAUGUGACCAUUAUACAUCUGACCAAAGAUGACAGUGGAUUGUAUGACGCAGUAAUGAUAAUUCAAGGAAAGUUAAUCAUCAGAAAGCACAGAGUUGAAGUAACUGACCCUGUCACUAAAGCAAAGAUCACCUGCCUAAGCAAUGCAACACUACACUGUGAGGCAGAGGGUGACUUUCUGGACUACAGCUGGUCUGGGCCUGGACUGCAGACUGCAGAGAUGAGGGGUCAGACUGGACCACAGAUCAGUAAGGAGAACCAGGACUCAGUCUACACCUGUGUGGUGAACAACCCAGUUAGUAACAGCAGUGUGACCUACCAUGCCAGUGACUGCUUUACCUCAGGUGAUUACUUCCAUUUCAUGAUAUAAAUAUCUACAAUCCUCUUAUGGAAGUGUGAUGGUAUUGCUGUUAGUUCCACCUCGUACAGGCUAUUGCAUGUUACAUGGCCACAUGGAACUUUAAACAAAAACACCUCACCAUUCACAGCAGAUU